AAGUGAAAAACAUGGACGGCUGGCACAGACGGUGAUGUGUAGGCAAGCUCCUCCACUUUCCUUUCUCACCAAUUACUCCCAGUCACGGUCUGGGGAAGGUACUAAGAGGAAGGGAGGGCAUUGUUGGCUAAACUAUUACGUGUGUGGCAGGGGCUCAUUUUGAUGUUUUACGUCAUGGCGUGCGAAGCAUUACGUACUUUUCCGCUCAGGUGAUGAAAGCAGGUCGCCCUCCCGAAGUUAACGAACGCAAGCUGCCUACAUCAGUUGAAAGGUUGGACCGUAAACAUGCAUCUGUUGAAUGAUAUAACACAUUCUUGUUUCCCUUAUUUCCAGACCUUCUAUACUAUAAAAGCUGUUAGGCAGGCUAAAGAAACUCAGAUACAUCUGGCGAUCACUCUCGAACACCGCCAACGUGGUAGCUGGAAGUCGAUCUUCCUUUGAGACCCGACGCAAGAUGAGUGGUCAGGUAACAGUAGUCGUGUUCGCAGCGUCUGUCCUAUCCUUGCUGUCUGCCUGCUCAGCAGUAGAAGGCGAGGAAGGCUCGUGUCCGGAGAAGUUGGCGAACAGCAACGUGAACAACAUCACGGUCGUGGCUCCGCUCGGACCGAAGGGGGACGCCGGGCCGCCCGGACCGAGGGGCGUUCGCGGAGAGAAGGGGGAGGAGGGCCGUCCCGGGAAGCUCGGGCCACGCGGCUUAGAGGGCCAGAGGGGUGAGAGAGGAGCUCCGGGACAGAAGGGCAGCAAAGGCGAUGAAGGAAUAGGCGGGGGAGCUGUGUAUGUACGGUGGGGGCGGACGUCGUGCGAGGAGGGUGGUGCAGGCACGGCGACGGUGUACUCUGGGAUGGCCGGCGGCGCGUGGUACAACCAUAAGGGCGGCGGCAGCAACUACCAAUGCCUGCCUGCAAACCCCGAGUGGGGCUGGCAUAAAGACGGUUUUCAGAACACCUACAUGUACGGCGCGGAGUACCAAAUCGGCGCGGACUCUCCCUACGACGCUAGCAAGAUCCACGACCGUAACGUGCCGUGCGCCGUCUGUCACUCACCGUUCCGCCGCGCGCAGCUGAUGAUCCCCGCCCGCCAGACCUGUCCCGGAGGCUGGACGCGGGAGUACGGGGGCUACCUGAUGACCGCCCACCACACCCACAGCCGCACGGAGUUCGUGUGCAUGGACGGGGAGCCCGAGGCGCUGCCCGGCGGGGAGGGGAACGAGGACGGCGCGCUGUUCUACGUCGUGGAGUCCCGGUGCGGCUCGCUGCCGUGCCCGCCGUAUGUGGAAGGGAGGGAGCUGACCUGCGUGGUGUGCACCGUGUAGACAUCACGAAAACACAAACUGGACAGUCUUUAGUUUUCCAAAGUAGUCGUUAUACCCCCCCCCCCCCCCCCUCAC